AUGUACCGGCUAUUGCUGCAGCCGGUUUUGGAUUAUGUCUACCAACGUUAUAAGAUGGUUGAAACUGGUAUACUUAUCCAUUUCCUUGGGCCAGUUUGUGAUACAAUCGUGAAAAAUAUUCCGGAGAAAAGCCCGUUUUGUGACGACAGCGAUGUCGAACUUGAAGGCAUGCUGCCGGACGAAAUCACUGAAGAGAUUGAAAAAGCUGCAGACGGCAGUGAAAGCGAAGACUCUCUACUGGAUUUGGCUCCAACAGUUCCUCCUGACGUGUUAGAAGAGGAAAGUGAUUUCCAUAGUGGUUUGGCGUUCCCCACUAUUCACGCUUCGGAAUCCAGUGAUGAAGAGUUUGAUUUGACUAAAAAGAGGAAACAGGAGACAAAGAGGAAAACCCGUCGACAACGUGAAGCAAAUGACGUUGGAGCAGCGCCAGAAGUACCAGCCUCAGAAUCGGAAACAUUACGAAGGCGAAAUGGAAAAGCCCAAGCAUUGGACGAUGAUUUUGAGCUGUUACAGUGA